CAGUACUGAAAAUUUUAUUUUUGCGAAGAUUGAGUAGUAUUAUUUGCGGUUUAUGUAACUGGUAUUUCAAACCUGUAGACCCUUUUUUCUUGGCUGUCAUAAUAUCGUAAGUAUAAAUUAAUAGGCAGCAUUAUUGCGGUGAAUCAUAACUAAAUGGUCUCUGACUAAAAGAUAGAAGUAAACAAAUGUAAAUUUGUACUAAGAGUAGUGAAUAAUAAUCUGUGCUAAAUUUCCUCAUAAUGAAGCAACCUAAUUCAGAAAAGGAAGCAGCAAAUGAAGAAAGUGAUGAACAGGAUAAAAUAUCUUCCAGUAAUUUGGAAAGUCCAAUGUAUGAAAAUUUUCAUCAUUCGGAUGAACAAAGGCUUAUCAAUGAUGAUGAGAAAUCUUUUGAAAAUCAAGUGCAUUCAUCUCUUCCAAAGAACUUCAAUGGUUACCACGAAUCUCCAAGAAGUCAACUUGCUAAAUAUGUUCCGAAAUCACCUCUCAAACUUGAUGCGUUGUACGAUGGCUUAGUUGACAGCAGGGUAUUUAUAGCACCUCAAAAUGGGAACAGAAGCUUCCAUGUCUCGCUUUCAGUUGAUGAUGAUGAUGAUAGUGACGAUGAUGAGCAGAUAUAUUCAAAAAGUGCUGAUUAUAGUGAAGAAACCAUUAAUUCCCUGCAUCAAAACUGCUCAAUGAUACGCAGUGUCUCCGAAGAUAUAUUACGUCGUCGGCCUGACAUGGAGAGAAGGUUAUCGAUGGUAUCAUCCAGUAAAGGUAGACUUGCUGCAAUACCAAGGCUCCACCCUAAGGAAAAACAUUUAGCUCCUUCAACUGGAGCUUUAAACAAAUCUAGUAUUCCUCCAGCUCCAAGCACAGAUGAAGAAGAACUUAUAGAAAAAGCACCGUUCCCCAGAGACAAAAUCCUUGUAGUUAUGUGUUUAUGUUUAGUGGAUUUUACUGCUUAUUUGAGUAUGUCAAUUAUAGCUCCAUUUUUUCCUCGUGAGGCAUCAAACAAAGGAAUGCGAGAGGCUGUAUCUGGGUUCGUCUUUAGCAUUUAUGCCCUAUUAAUAAUGUUAACGUCUCCAUUUUUCGGUAAAAUGCUUCCCUAUGUUGGUGCAAAAUUUAUGCUCUUUUCCGGUGUUGCCUUUUGUGGUACAACUAACAUAUUAUUUGGUUUAUUAGAUCUGGUUGAUGGAACUGUGGAAUUCACAGCAUUAUGUUUUAUUGUACGCGCAUUUGAAGCGAUUGGAGCUGCUGCAUUUUGUACUGCCUCAAUGACAAUAUUAAUUGACCAAUUUCCUGACCAUAUCAGCACUAUUUUCGGUCUUGUUGAAACAAGCAUGGGAAUUGGUAUGAGUGUAGGACCUGCAAUCGGAGGGGCACUUUAUGCUGCUGGUGGAUUUACCCUGCCAUUUUAUGCCCUUGGUGGUUUUGUCUUAUUCACUGUACCAAUCAUGUAUUUGUUAUUGCUCAAAACACCAGAUCCAAAAUCUGUUAUUGCAUCCACUAAUGAAGUUUCUUACUUAAAAAUAUUGUCUAUGCCACACAUACUUGUUAUUUGCGUUUUGCUUGCAAUGACAUCUCAAAUAUUAGGAUUUAUAGAUCCUACUUUAGAGCCUCACAUGCGACAGUAUGGUCUUGAUGCAGGCUUAGUUGGUCUUCUCUUUCUUUUAUUAUCUGCUACCUAUGGUAUAGCUGCUCCUAUUGUUGGCUGGCUUAGCAAUAAAUUUGAAAAUAAAUAUCCUCUCAUGCUUUCUGGUCUCCUUUUUAUUACUGUGUCAAUGCUCUUGUUGGGUCCCUCAGAAAUCUUACCUAUUCAAGGGAGUCUUUGGUUGAGUAUAGCUUCUUUAGGAUUUUUAGGAAUCUUCAUUGCUGUUGCCCUGAUUCCCACUUUUGAGAGCAUGUUUAUUGUAUGCAUGAAUAAUGGUUUCGAAGAUGAUAUCAAUACAUACAGUGUUGUAUCCGGUCUCUGGAAUUCUGUGUAUUCUUUAGGGGAGGUCACAGGACCUUCUCUUGGAGGUGUGUUAUGUGACUUUUACUCUUUUCCACAAGCAGCUUCACUCAUGGCUCUUUGCACAUUACUCGCUUUUGCUCUUGGUUUAGUGGCCUGGUUAAAUCCAAGGCAUAUAUUUGGCUUAUACAAUGUUGUUGAAGAUGCACCAAGAAAAAUGAACUUAGCCCUCGCCUCUCAUGCUCAAGAAGUUUCACGAGUACCUUCUCGUGAAGCAUCACCUUUGCAAAAUGCAUAUGUUCACACUUACGGCAGCCUUUCUGAAGAUAAGAAAGAUCCUAUUGCUUAGGAACUGUGAUAUAAUUCUUGCAUUAUUCAUGUCCUCUAUUUGGAGAUAUGCAAGAAAUCAGGAUGUUUUUAUUUUAUCAUCAUAUUUUUUUCUGAAAGAUAAAUAGCUCAUUAAAACAAAUUAUAUUAGUUUACUUUACUUAAGAGGUCUCUUCCCUUGUGGCCAAACUCAAUGUCAAUGGAGGUUGUCAGAUGCUGGAUGAAAAUUUUAAAAAAGUUUUAAUCAUCUUUAUUUAAUUUUGAAGUUAAAAUGAUUAUGUAUAUUCACUCUUCAAGAUUCAACCCGGUCGCAAAUGUGAACUAUAUUAUUCUGUUAUCAAAAGUUUAAGAACAAAGCAAAUAAAUGAAUGCUAAGUAAUCCAAAAUGGUAAGGGAAGAUGGCUCUUAAGUUCUAUAAUUCCUAAAAAAUGGUAUGUUGAACAUGCUAAUUCUUUCAUUUGUAUAUUGAAUAGUUUCAUUUAAGUAUUUUAAAGAUACGUGUAUGUAGCGGAUAUUGACGAACCACUACAUAAACCAACCAAAGACUCUAUGUUAUUUAAUUUUUAAAUGUUAUAUAUAUUUAAUGUUUUUAUGUUUAUUAUAUAUUGUUUGUUUCAUAUUGUUGUAUUGGUAUGUUAAUCAUUAAUUUCUUUUUAAAAUCUUAUCUUAAGUUACUAAGCAAUAUAUAAAUCUCUUUUUUCCUUUUAUUUUAAAUUGGUUUCUAAAGUUUUGAUGUAACUAAUAAUUCACUGUUAAUAUAAUUUUUUUAUGUGUAAUGAUACUUAACUUCUUUAUUAUUGUAUGUAUGAAAAAAAAGUUGCAAUGUUUAUGAUGUAUAAAAUAUUCAAAAUAUGCAUUAUCACUGUAUUUUGAGAAAUAAAAGAAAAGGAUGAAAAAAGUAAUUGCUCAUUAACUUCAUCACGGUGCUUAAAAGAACCUGAAAAAGCUCAUUUUGUUAUAGUGACUAAUAGAAGUAAGAGGAUAAUUUUUUAUUGUUUUUAAAUGUAAUAUUUAGAAAUUUAAAAAUUUGGUACUGGGAAAAAAAGCUUAUAAAAAUUAUAGAAUUACAAUAUUUUUCUUUUAAUAUCAUUUAUUUAUCAUAUAUCACUUAAUAAUUGUUUUGAAAAAGUCUUUUGAAUUUAAAUAAGAAAAGUUUCAGUGAUUUCAGUACUGUAUUUUAAAUUAUCAAGUAUUCAAGAGCUUUGUGGAUUAAGAGACAUUUUCAUAAAUUUAGAACCUCCAGCAUUAGAAAAUGUACCUAUAGUAGAAAGGUGUUCACGAAACACAUUUUCUUACUAAAAACUGUCUUAUUUUUUGACCUUGCAUAAAAAAAAUAGAUUCUAUAGAUACAGCUGGUCACAACUUACUUUUUUACAUUUCUUCGAUAUGUCACUUUGAACCUUUUUCCGCUUAAAUCUUCAAUUGUGGUCAGAUCAAUGAUUUACCAGUAUUUUAAAGAUUUUUUUUUCUAAAUUGUUUGAACUGAUUAUGCAUAGUUUUGAAUAAAUCACAAUGCAACUAUUUUUUUGUUUACCUAAUAUUUAUACGUUUUUCAUUGUAAUAGUUGUUACUACUUAAGAUCAAUAAAACCAUCCAUAUGUUUUA